AUGGUGGGCUCCGACCUAUUGCUGUGGGGGAGCUUCUCCGGCGACCGGCAGGCAAGCUCCAGCCAAAAGGUGCUCGUGAAGCUGGACUUUGCCAAUGCGUUCAAUUCUGUGCAGCGAGAUGCCGUACUGCAACAGGUGGUCGACCACUUCCCCGCGCUCUCCCGCUGGGCCACAUGGUGUUAUCGCCAACCCACGAGGCUGCAAUUUGGAGACCGCGUUCUAAGCUCCAGUUCUGGUGUCCAACAAGGUGAUCCACUGGGACCUUUGUUGUUUGCCGCGGCCCUGCAGCCUCUGGCCCGCGAGUUGCGAUCAAGACCUCUGGACCUGGCCAUUCACUUCUUGGACGAUGGCGUCCUUGCUGGAGACCUUGCAGCUGUGUCAGCGGCACUGACUGAGGUUCAACUACGUGCUGCGGAAAUUGGCCUUGUGCUCAACUUAUCUAAAUGUGAAGUAGUCGUUUUUGGUGCCGUUGACGAAACCACACUCAGGGCCCACUUCCCUAACGCUUUCCUGCAGAAUCCGGACGGUUCAGGCAAGGUGCUCCGCAACUUCGAGUUCCUCGGCGCCGCUAUUGGCGAUGCCGCCUACAUCCAGGCCCACACCGCAGCGCGGACUGCCAAGGCUGGGGAGUUGCUUGAUAUGCUGGCGGACUUGGAGGACCCGCAGGUUGGUUUGCGCUUGCUCCGGGCAUGCGGGCUUUUCUCGGAUGAUCACAGCAUGCGGUGCAACCCGGCCAUGGCACAGGUUGCAGCUCUAACCAGCUUUGAUGACAUGGUGCGGCGAUGCUUCAGUGGCCUCACAGGCAUCCAUGCCACUGCUGCUCAGUGGGGCCAGGCUGCGCGCGGUUUUGCCCAGGCUGGCGUGGGGGCGAGGGCCUUCUUGAGUGCCGUUCCCUUUGGACACACUCGCAUGGAGCCUGCAGCAUUCGUUACGGAACUGAGAGUGCGGCUGGGCAUUGCCGAGGCUGGCACACAGCGCCACAACGCCCUCCGCGACCUGGACACCCACAUCGGCAGGCGUCGGCCGGCUGAUGUCUACCUGCCCGCACUGGCGGGGUCCCCUGCUGCGCUUGACUUCGCCACAGGGGCAGCCGCAGCCGCGUAUGCGCGCCAUAAAGAGGCCCACCUCAAUACGGCCGAAGCUUGUGAGAGGCAAGGGGUCGUCUUCGUCCCCAUGGUGGUCGAGACAACGGGGACAUGGGAUGCUGGCGCUAGCAUCGUUAUCAAGCACAUUGCACGGGCCGUUGCUGCGAUCUCAGGCGAUGAUCCGGACAAGACUCAUGCCACCAUGCUACAGGAACUCUGCGUCGCCGUUCGGGCCUACCGUGCCCGUGCGGCCUUGCGAAGGCGUAGCGACGCCAUUUCAUCUGGCUGA